AUGGAAAUCGCACCAUCGAAUGGCAGCAGUAGCGAGAGCGACUCUAGCGGGCUGCUAACAGGGUUUGAAAAUCGAACGUCGAACGGAAAAGUUUUGAAUUCUCGGCUUAUGACAAACGCUGGGGUACCGGAUCCUGUGGUCGCAUACAAGCAAUGGCAGUACCCCGGGUAUGGCGGGACGCAGCACGACGUUAGCAGAGAUGCUGCUGCCGCACAGCCGGUGUGGUAUUACUAUCCACCUUUGCAAACGGGUCCUGUCGCCAACGGGUAUCAGCAACAACCGUACUAUUACUGCAAUGCUGCUGCUUCGCAGCAGCAGCCGCAGCCGCAGCCGCAGUCACUGCCGCAAUUGCAGCAGGGCUCUUCGCAGUAUCCAAGACCUAAGGUCUAUCAGUUUCCUGGGUUCCAGGAGCCACAUCAACAACAGCAUCAAUCACAGCAACCACAUGUGCAACAGGGGCCCAUUGCGAGCCCGAACUUGAGUUCCACUCAGCAGCAGUUUCCCCUGCGACAGUUCACUCCCUCACCGGCACCUUACCAGGUGAGCAACGCGAGUAUGGCACCGUUAGGCUAUCCGCCACCGCAGCCUGGCUAUGACCCGACAGCGCAGCUUCUAUCACCGCCUAACGCACCGGCUAGUCUGGCGAGGAGACCCGGAGCGCCUCUGAAGCAGGCGGGCCGCAGGCCCGUCAAACAGAGAGAUCCGUUGGAGUUACCGCAAGAGUCACGAAUGCAGUCUUACGACGUUACGGCGUCUAGUGGUCAGAUGACGAGACCGCGGGUCACCACUACCAUGUGGGAGGACGAAAAGACCCUGUGCUAUCAGGUGGAAGCCAACGGCGUUUCUGUGGUACGCAGGGCGGACAACGAUAUGAUCAAUGGUACGAAGCUGUUAAACGUUGCAAAAAUAACACGCGGCAGAAGGGACGGAAUACUGAAAGCUGAAAGGAUCAGACACGUUGUCAAGAUAGGUUCCAUGCAUUUGAAAGGUGUUUGGAUUCCUUUCGAACGCGCCCAAGCCAUGGCUGAACGUGAAAAAAUUGUAGAUUAUCUAUACCCAUUGUUUGUCAAAGACAUCGAAAGCGUUCUGAAGCAACCUUCUUCCGAUAUGCCAGAACCUCUGCCCCCGCCAAUGAUCCCGCCGCAGCCAGCUGCCAUGAUGUUGCCGCCGCAACAGAACCGUCAAGAGGAAGAUCUGACAAACCCACAACCUCAGCUUUCAUAUGACCUAGCGCCAGCGUGGUACGGUAACCUGUCGAAUAGACCCCAUACAUCGCCACAAUCUUAUAGAAACACGCUAUCCUACGGACAAUACCAAAACAUAGCGUCAUCUUCCACCACACCUCCAUCAUUUCCAGCUCCUGCUCCCCUGCAACCGGCAUUUCAUCAACCGCUGCCUCCGACUGGGUAUCAAUCGGAUUUCGCUUUAAGUAAUAGAACGCAUGAUAGAGGAUCUGCUACAUCAAUCUCCACCUCGAGCUCGAAUGCGAGCGGUCCAUCGGCCUUAUCAUCAGAUCCGACUACGAACCCACAGUCGAGCCGGCGAGAGACAAAGGCAGACGGUCAUACCCCAAAGAACACUACCCCUGGCAAAUUACUAACUGGCAUUCAACCACCACAACCGAAUGUUGAUGGUUCUGAAGACAAAAUUCAAGAUGACAAACCAAAAGAUGUCUGA